CUCCUGUUUGCCCUGGCUGUGUGAGGGACACGGAGAUGCAGAGAGCUAGGAGCCGGGAGACCUCAUCCUACAGAAGCGGGGAGGCCCUGGAGGAGAGAUCCUGGACGUCGGGAUGAGGCUCUCAAUGCUGUUUGCUGCCUUCCUCUGGCUCCGGGGUUUCUUGGCCAAGGGAGAUGAGUGUCAUUCCCUGGCCAGGAGCCCGGACGGAGAGAGUGGAGGACCACCUCUGAAAGUCAACGUGAGCAGCCAGGGCAGGCCUACUAGCCUCUUUCUGAGCUGGGCAGCCCCAGGGCCAGACAAGCUGAGCCAUGCCCUCCGCCUCACCCACCUGAGUCCCCUGGGCUCUCCAGAAGGGCAAGCGCUCCAGGCCCACACCAACACAUCCAGCUUUGAGUUCCGGGACCUGGUACCAGGAAGUCGCUACCUGCUGGAGGUGACUGCCCUGCAAGCCUGUGGACAGAACACCACCAUCACCAUCACCGCCCGCACUGCCCCAUCGACUGUCUGUAAUUUGCGGUUCUACAGCCCUGGGAGCCCAUCCAGCCUUGAGGCCUCUUGGGGGGCUGCCCCCGGGGAGCAGGAUGGCUACCAACUUCUCCUCUACCACCCAGAAUCCCAGACGCUGGUGCACAAUAUCUCCACGCCACUGGGCACCCUGUCCUAUAAUUUCAGCCACCUCCUAGCUGGUAGUGAGUAUGUUCUGGAGGUUACUACCUGGGCUGGCAACCUCCAGGCGAAGACCAGCGUCCACCAGUGGACAGCCCCCGUGUCUCCUCCCAAGCUGGUGCUGCGGUCCCUGGGCACCAGUGCCCUACAAGCCUCCUGGAACAGCUCCGAGGGGGCUGCCUGGCUCCGCCUCAUGCUCACGGACCUCCUGGGUGGCACCAACCUGACCACGGUGGUCAGACGCGGGGUCUCCAAUCACACCUUCCUGCACCUCUCUCCAGGCACCCCCUAUGAGCUGACGCUCAGUGCUGUGGCCGGGCUCCAGCAGGUGGCGGGGCCCAAUGCCACCGAGUGGACCUAUCCCUCUGCCCCUCUGGACCUGGUGCUCAUUCCCCUGCCCUCUGCACUCUGGGCAAGCUGGAAGGCAGGGCCGGGUGCCCGCGAUGGCUACCUGCUCAGGCUGAGCGGGCAAGUGGAAAAGAACAGCACUCGGGGCCCUGGAGCACUCAACGCCACAUUCCCGGGACCCCUGCCCGCUGGACACUACAUUCUGGAGCUGAGGGCUCUGGCUGGGCCCUACAGUGCCUGGGCCUGGGCUAGUGCCUGGCUGCGUGGAGUCUGGGCUGGUGGGGAACAGGCUGGGAGGCAGGCACAGCUCUAUGAUGAGGGAGCCCCAGGCCUCCUUGGAAACACCUCUGUGCCACCUGCCACCACCAGGAGCACGACCCAGAGCCUCACAGACCAUACCAAGCCCCUGGUGCCCCAGUCCCUGGAGGUCACUGGCAGGAGCAGCCCCUCUGACCUGGCUGUGGGUUGGGCCCCAGUAUAGCAGGGGCAGCAAGAAGGCUCCAGGGCCACCUGGCAUCAGGAGGGCAGCCAGAGGUCAUGGGGCAGUCUUGUUGCCUUGGGACCAGAGAGUUGCAGCCUGACUCCCAGGUCUCUAAUGCCCGGCUCCCGCUACAUUGUGUCAGUGUGGACCUGGGCAGGGAACCCCAGCUCCAGCAUUGUGAGGACGUGUGCCUUCCCUGCUCCUCCUGCCAACCUGAGCCUGGGCCUCGCCUCCCAGCCUCCUGCCCUGACGGCCUCCUGGAGCCCCCCACCCGGGGACAGGGAUGGCUUCCAGCUGUGGCUUUACCGCUUGCAGCCCCUGACUCUGGAAAGCAGGGAGACUCUGCCUCCGGAAGCUCAGAACUUCUCCUGGGCCCGGCUGCCCCCAGGCACCGAGUUCCUGGUUCAGCUGGCCACCCUGCGGGGGCCAGAUGAGAGCAGCAGAGCCAAUGCCACAGGCUGGACGCCCCCCCUCGCCCCUCCUCUGGUAAAUGUGACCCCUGAAGGUCCCACCCAGCUCCGGGCAUCCUGGGUCCAUGCUCCUGGGUCACGAGAUGGCUACCAGGUGACUCUGUACCAGGCAGGGGCCCAGGCAGGAGCCAGCACCGUGGGAGCUGAGGUGGACAGCACGAGCUUCUCAGCUCUGACCCCAGGCACCCAGUACGAGGUGGAGAUUGUCUCGAAGGCUGGGCCCCUCCGCACGGCAGCUGCCAACGCCUCCGGCUGGACCUCCCCACUCACGCCCAGUGAGCUGCUGGUGUCCAUGCAGGCGAGCAGCGCCAUAAUCAGCCUGGCCUGGGCCAGCGGUCCCUGGGGGCACGGGCUGUGCCAUGCCCGACUCUCAGAGGCUGGCCGCCUCUCCUGGGAGCAGCGUCUGGGGCUCGGCCAGGCCCACCUCAUUCUAAGGGACCUCACACCCGGACGUAAUCUCUCCCUGUCCAUCCUGUGCCAGGCGGGGCCGCUCCUGGCGUCCACUCACCCCGUGGUGCUGCCUGUUGAGCCUGGCCCUGUGGAGGACGUUCGGUGUCAGCCUGAGGCUACUCACCUGGCCCUGAACUGGAUGGUGCCCUCGGGGGACGUGGACGUCUGUCUGGUGGUGGCGGAGCAGCUGGCCACGGGAGGGGACGCAUACCUCGUCUUUCAGGCCAACACCUCGGGGGACGCGCUCCUCGUGCCCAGCCUCAUGCCUGCCACUUCCUACCGCCUCAGCCUCACCGUGCUGGGCAGGAACGGCCUGUGGAGUCGUGUGGUCACCCUGGUGUGCGCCACCUCUGCAGAGGGCUGGCACCCCCCAGACUUAGCUGCAGCCCCCCAGCUGGAGCCGGAGGCAGGGACAGGAGUGAUGAUCACACGGGGUAUGUUUGGCAAGGACGAUGGGCAGAUUCAGUGGUACGGCAUCAUUGCUACUACCAACAUGUCACUGGUUCGGCCCCCGCAGGAAGCCAUCAACCACACGUGGUACGACCACUACUAUGGAGGACGUGACUCCUACCUGGCCAUCCUGCUUCCCAACCCCUUCUACCCGGGGCCCUGGGCUGUGCCGAGAUCCUGGAUGGUGCCUAUGGGUACAGAGGACUGUGGCCAGACCCAGGAGAUAUGUAAUGGGCAACUCAAGCCGGGCUCCCAGUACCGGUUCAGUGUUGUGGCUUUUACCAGACACAGCCCUCCUGAGACCAUUAUCUCCUUCUCAGCCUUUUCAGAGCCCCGGGCCAGCAUCUCUGGGGCAGCCAUGCCCCUCCCUGCGGCGGUGGCCAUCAUGGGGGGCUGUGUCCUCACCGUCUGUACCGUGCUGGGCCUGCUGUGCUGGAGGAGGGUGAAGGGGCACAGGGCAGAGAAGACUCGGUUUUCCCAAGAGCUGACAGCUUACAACCUGCGGCGGACCCACCGGCCCAUCCCAAUUCAAAGCUUCCGGCAGAGCUAUGAGUCCAAGAGUGCGCAUGCUCACCAGGCUUUCUUUCAGGAGUUCGAGGAGCUGAAGGAGGUGGGCAAGGAGCAGCCCAGACUGGAGGCGGAGCACCCGGCCAAUGCCACGAAGAACCGUUACCCACACGUGCUACCCUAUGACCAUUCCCGGGUCAGGCUGACCCAGCUGGAAGGAGAGCCCCACUCUGACUACAUCAAUGCCAACUUCGUCCCAGGUUACACCGACCCUCAGGAAUUUAUUGCCACCCAAGGGCCUCUCAAGAAAACUCUGGAGGACUUCUGGCGGCUUGUGUGGGAGCAGCAAGUUCACAUCAUUGUCAUGCUGACUGUGGGCAUGGAGAAUGGGAGGGUGCUGUGUGAGCAUUACUGGCCAGCAGACCCUACCCCCAUCACCCACGGUCACAUCAUGGUCCACCUGCUGGCCGAGGAGCCCGAGGAUGAGUGGACGAAGCGGGAAUUCCAGCUGCAGCAUGUUGCCCAGCAACAGCAGCGGAGGGUGAAGCAGCUGCAGUUCACCACCUGGCCGGACCACAGCGUCCCCGAGGCCCCCCGUUCCCUGCUCACCUUUGUGGAGCUGGUACGGGAGCAGGCGAGGGCCACCCAGGGCACCGGCCCCAUCCUGGUGCACUGCAGUGCGGGUGUGGGCCGCACAGGCACCUUUGUGGCCCUGUCAAGGCUGCUGCGGCAGCUGGAGGAGGAGCAGACGGUGGACGUGUUCAAUGCUGUGUAUGCGCUACGGCUGUACCGGCCCCUCAUGAUCCAGACCCCGAGCCAGUACAUCUUCCUGCACAGCUGCCUCCUGAACAAGAUUCUAGAAGGGCCCUCUGCCACCUUCGAGUCCCAGCCCAUCUUGGUGACAAACUUUGCACAGGCCUGUGCCAAGAGGGCGGCCAAUGGCAACGCUGGCUUCUUGAAGGAGUACAAGCUCCUGCUCCAGGCCAUCAACGACGUGGCUGACUCUUCUGCACCCCCUCCUGGCUGUGAGCAGGACAGCACGGGCUCCUACGACGACUAUCAAGUGCGGUUUUCUCCAGUGGAGGAUAGCCCCCCUAAUGAGAUGCUCGAAGCCUGUCUUUUCUCUGGUGGGCCUUCGGGCCAUGACCACGUUGUGCUGACUGGCCCUGCCGGGCCCCGGGAGUUCUGGGAGCUGGUGUGGGAGCACGGGGCCCACGUGCUGGUCUCCCUGUGCCCGCCUGACACCUGGGAGAAGCCACCUGAGCGGCUCUGACUUGGUCCCCGGUCACAGGAGUUCUGGCCAACGGAGACAAGGCCUAUUGUCACAGACAUGGUGACCGUGCACUGGGUGGCCGAGAGCAGCACGGCAGGCUGGCCCUGUAUCCUCCUGAGAGUCACACAUGGGAAGAGCAGGAAGGAGAGGCAGGUGCAAAGACUGCUGUUCCCGUGCUGGGAGCCAGGGCGGGAGCUCCCGGCCACCACCCUGCUGCCCUUCUUGGCUGCUGUGGGCCGGUGCUGCUCUCGGGACAAGACAAAGCCGGGCACGCUGCUCAGCCACUCCAGCAAGGGUGUGGCCCAGCUGGGCACCUUCCUGGCCAUGGACCAGCUGUUACAGCAGGCGGGGGCUGAGUGCACCGUGGACAUCUUUAACAUGGCCUUGCAGCAGUCACUGGCCUGUGGCCUCAUGACCCCAACACUGGAGCAGUAUAUAUACCUCUACAACUGUCUGAACAGCGCACUCAUGGACGGGCUGCCUUGA